UUCUCUCUUCUUGCUUGCAUUCGUUCCUCCAAAAUCAACACACACACACGCAGAAAAGAAGAAGCAAAUUCAAGCUCGUCCUGAGCAUGGAAAUCCAUGGCUUCAUCAGGAUCUCUCUGCUUGCCCUAGGUGUCCUCUCCAUGGCGACGUGGGUGCCUCCAGUGUGCUCCUUCCUGAGGAGCUUGUUCAUGGUGUACCUCCCCUCCGUCGCGUCGGCCAUCGUCGCGCCCAAGUGCCUCUUCGUCUUCUCCAACCUCAUCGUCGUCAUCCUCGUCGGCGAGUCCAGGCUUGGGCAUCCCAAGGCUGGAGAGAGUGUUCACAAGGAAGGAGGGGAGGUGGUCAUGGUGGAGGAGGCAGGCUUGGCGACGCCGGCUAUCGCCGGAGACGACGAUCGGCGUGAGCAACUGCAAGUUGACCAAUCCAUUGCUCAAGAAGAGGUUCCUGAGAUGGAUCAAUCUGAGGACCAGGGACGCCGUGAUCGAGCUGCAGUUGGUGAUGAGGUAGUCACUGAGAUGAUGAUGUUAAUGGAGGAAGAAGGUGUUGGCGAGUUAGUCCUCGAUGAUGAGGAGGUUAUGGCCGAGGAGGAAGGACGACGGCGAGAGGCGGAGGAGGAGAGGGAUGAUCUCCCAACCGACGAGCUGAACCGGCGAGUGGAGGAGUUCAUCGCAAGGUUCAACAUGGAAAGGCGGCUGGAGGCCAGGAUGCUGGUGUGCUGCUGCUAAUCAAGGUGCAUCAUGCACAUGUUUUUGUCUAUUAUGUAUAAAAAGAGGGUAUAUAUAUAUAGUUACAGCUACCCACUUUGUACAGAAGAUGAGGAGUUUUGAAUCAUGUACUGUCAAUUUUGAUACAUUAUUCUAUCAUGCGUAUGUAUUUUUGGCCUGGAUUAAUUAUGUUGUGACUAUGUUUAUGCUCCUUUCUAAAAGGUUGGAAAACUUCGAA